UGUUGGCACAAGUCCCGCUUAUGGAAAACUUGCUCAACUAGCCAUAUAGGAGUAUUACAUAUAUGGUUCUCAGUCUUCUCUCUGAUAAUACAAUUUUAAUUCUCAAUAUUUGUGGCAAAAGAUAAACAAUGACUUCACUUCUCGUACCAGGAAUUUCGCCACCAGGCUUUUCUUUUGAUCUUUGUCAAAGAAACAAUGCUUUGAUCAAGAAAGGUUUUGCUGCUCCAAAAAUGGUCAAAACAGGCACCACUAUUGCGGGUGUAAUCUACAAGGAUGGUGUUAUUCUUGGUGGUGAUACUCGUGCAACUGAAGACACUAUUGUUGCCGACAAAUAUAGCUUAAAAAUUCACUAUCUUGCUCCCAAUAUGUACUGUUGUGGAGCUGGAACAGCAGCUGAUACCGAGAUGACUACUGAACUAAUAGCCAGUCAGUUGGAGCUGCAUCGUUUGAGCACUGGUCGCAUUGUGCCAGUUUGUACUGCAAACACAAUGCUAAAACGAAUGCUGUUCCGUUAUCAGGGUCACAUUGGUGCUGCUCUUGUUUUGGGUGGUUACGAUCUUGAUGGACCACAACUCUACUGUAUUUAUCCACAUGGAUCUACUGAGAAGAUGAAGUAUACCACUAUGGGAUCUGGCUCAUUGGCUGCUAUGGCAGUUUUUGAGAGCAGAUGGCGGCCUGACAUGUCGGAAGAGGAAGCGAAGGAGUUAGUAGCGGAUGCGAUUCGUGCGGGUGUGUUCAACGAUCUGGCAUCGGGAUCCAACGUGGAUCUCUGUAUCAUUCGCAAGACUGGCGUCGAAUAUCUACGACCGUAUGAUAAAGCCAGUGUAAAAGGCCAGCGGCAGUUCAAUUAUCGUUACAAGCCUGGCACCACCGCGGUACUUUCCAAAACCGUACAGCCGAUCAUCAUAGAGGAGGAGACAGUACAAAAAGUUGAAACCGAAGCGAUGGACACAUCUACAUAAAAAAUAUCGUCAAUUAAGCUACAACUUUAAGUUACAUUGAAUGUUCUCCAGACAACAUUGGGAUAAAAUAUCGCAUUUUGCGAGGUUAAGUCUACGACUAUUGAAUAU